AUUCCAUCAUGAGAGGCCUCCAUCACCUGUGCCCACGUGUGUGUCCAUGAAGAGUGACCGGUCAGAGGAACGCUUUAUAAACUUCCAACAUGAUGAUGUAACAGAUGGAUCAAGUGGGCAAAUGGAGGAAUGCAAACCAGAUGCUGUCAGUGACCAGUUUACCCAGGGGGACCUCAAGCACAUAUUUCAGGUGCUUGAGAGGAAGAUCAUCAACUUUGUGAAGAAUGAGCUGAAGAGAUUCAAGAAGAUUCUGAGUCCAGAUUACGAAGAACACUUUGAGGGUAAAGAGCAGGAUGAGAGUGAUGUCAGAGAAGGGGCUCUCAUGAUGGCACUGCACUUCCUGAGGAACAUGAAACAGAAUCAUAUUGCUGACAAACUUCAAGAAAUUGAACUUUGUGUAGUGUGGCAGAGAGAGCUGAAAAGAAAUCUCAAGAAAAGGUACCAGAAGGUGUUUGAAGGAAUACCCAAGCAAGGCAGCUCUGCUUUGCUAGAAAAGAUCUACACAGAGGUCUACAUCACAGAGGGAGGAAGUGGGAAAGUAAAUGAGGAGCAUGAAGUCAGGCAGAUUGAGUCCAUAUCCAAGAGACCAGCUGGACAGGAGACACCAAUCAAAUGCACAGACAUCUUUAGGCCCUUACCUGGCCAAGACAAACCAAUCAGAAGUGUCAUCACAAAGGGCGUUGCUGGCAUUGGCAAAACUGUCUCAGUUCAGAAGUAUAUCCUGGACUGGGCUGAUGGGAAAGAAAACCAGGAUAUCCACUUCAUAUUUCCUCUGCCUUUUAGGGAGCUCAACAGCAUACAAAGCAAACAAUUCUCUUUGAUGGAUCUUCUUCACCACUUUUUCUCAGAAAUAAAGCAGUUGACUUUUCCCAGCCAGGGGAAAUACAAAGUGUUGUUCAUAUUUGACGGUCUGGAUGAGUGUCGACUCCAACUAGACUUUCAGAAAAAUGAAAUUUUGACUGAAGUGACAACAGCCACUUCAUUGGAUGUUCUGCUGACAAAUCUCAUCAAGGGUAAUCUGCUUCGCUCUGCUCUCCUUUGGAUCACCUCUCGACCAGCAGCAGCCAAUCAAAUCCCUCCUGACUGUGUCGACCGGGUCACAGAAGUGCAAGGGUUCAGUGACCCUCAGAAGGAGGAGUACUUCAGGAAGAGGAUCAGUGAUCAGACUCUUGCCAGCAAAGUUAUCACUCACAUAGAAUCAUCAAGAAGCCUCCACAUUAUGUGCCACAUUCCAGUGUUUUGCUGGAUUGCUGCUAAUGUUAUUGAAUUUCUUCUUAAAACUGAAGGAGAUAAGCAAGUUCCAAAGACUUUGACAGAGAUGUACACAUAUUUCCUUGUUUUCCAAACCAAGCAGAGGAGUGUGAAAUUUGAAGGAGUUCAUGACACAGAUCCACAGUGGAACCAGGCUAGUCUCCUUGCUCUUGGGAAGUUGGCCUAUGAGCAGCUGAAGAAGGGAAACCUGAUUUUUUAUGAAGAUGACCUGAGAGAGAGUGGUAUUGAUGUCAGAGAGGCGGCAGUACACUGUGGCAUCUGCACCCAGAUCUUUCAGGAGGAGUCAGGCCUUCAUCAGGAAAAGUUGUACUGCUUUGUGCAUCUGAGCAUCCAGGAGUACCUUGCAGCUUUGUAUGUGAUCCUGAUGUUAAUAACUGAGGGGAAAGAUCUCAUGUCCCCACAGCAACCCCCCAGAACAAUGUUUCAACGUCUGAAAUGGCAAACAACGGACAAACCCAUGACCACCUUACAGAAGAGUGCUGUGGACAAAGCAUUGGAACAUGAAGAUGGGCGCUUUGAUCUGUUCCUCCGUUUCCUUCUGGGCCUCUCUCUGGAAUCCAACCAGAGACUCUUAAGAGGCCUAAUAAAGGAAGUACAACAUGAACGCAAAGAAGAAAUAGGCAGCUACAUUAAGACAAAGAUCAGGGAGAUACCAUCAUCAGAAAGAGUUAUCAACCUCUUCCACUGUCUGAAUGAAGUCAACGAUCACUCCUUAGUGGAAGAAGUCCAGAGCUUCUUGAGUGCUGGGACAUUUUCUGAAGCCAAACUCUCAUCCACACAGUGGUCAGCCCUUGUGUUUGUGCUUCUGACAUCAGAAGAAAAGCUUGAUGUGUUUGACUUGAAGAAGUACAUUUUGUCUGAUGAAUGUCUUCUAAGGCUGCAGCCAGUAGUGGAGGAAUCCCAAAAAGCCCUGCUCAACAGUUGUGGGCUCACUGAGAGGAGCUGUGCAGGUCUGGCAUCUGUCCUCACCAAAGCAUCUUCAAAGCUGAAAAAUCUGGACCUCAGUGACAACAGCAUUGGAGAUAAUGGUGUCCAAGAAUUGUGUAGUGGACUGGGUAACCCAACCUGUGCACUGGAGACACUCAGCCUGGAUAAGUGCAGUAUUGAAGAGGAAGGCUGCAGAGCUCUUGCAACAGCACUGAGAUCAAACCCCUCACACAUGAGAGAGCUGCAGCUGAGUGGGAAUAAAGCAGGAGACUCAGGAGUGAAGCAUCUUUCUUCUCUUGUGGAGGAUCCCAACUGUAAACUGGAGAAGCUACACCUGGAUAAGUGCAGUAUUGAAGAGGAAGGCUGCAGAGCUCUUGCAACAGCACUGAGAUCAAACCCCUCACACAUGAGAGAGCUGCAGCUGAGUGGGAAUAAAGCAGGAGACUCAGGAGUGAAGCAUCUUUCUUCUCUUGUGGAGGAUCCCAACUGUAAACUGGAGAAGCUACACCUGUCAGACUGCAGUAUUGCAGAGGAAGGUUUCAGAGCUCUUGCAUCAGCACUGAGAUCAAACCCCUCACACAUGAGAGAGCUGCAGCUGAGUGGGAAUAAAGCAGGAGACUCAGGAGUGAAGCAUCUUUCUUCUCUUCUGGAGGAUCCCAGCUGUAAACUGGAGAAACUACAGCUCAACAGUUAUGGGCUCACUGAGAGGAGCUGUGCAGGUCUGGCAUCUGUCCUCACCAAAUCAUCUUCAAAGCUGAAAAAUCUAGACCUCAGUGCCAACAGUAUUGGAGAUAUUGGGGUCCAAAAACUGUGUAGUGGACUCGGUAACCCAACCUGUACACUGGAGACACUCAGGCUCUCUGACUGCAGUAUCACUGAGAGGAGCUGUGCAGGUCUGGCAUCUGUCCUCACCAAAGCAUCUUCAAAGCUGAAAAACCUGCACCUCAGUGGCAACAGUAUUGGAGAUAAUGGUGUCCAAGAAUUGUGCAGUGGACUGUGUAACCCAAACUGUGCACUGGAGACACUCAGGCUCUCUGACUGCAGUAUAACAGAAAAGGGCUACGCUAGUCUGGCUUCAACCCUGAGGUUAAAUCCCAAUCUCCUCAGAGAGCUUGAUCUCAGAGGAAAUUAUCCAGGGAAAUCUGGAGUCAAACUGCUUUUAGACCUAAAGGAGGAUCCACAGCAUACACUGAGAAAUGUCCAGUUCCUGAAGAGUAGUGCUGCUGAGGAAGCCUGUGCUGCUGUGGCUUCAGCUGUGGGUUCAAACCCCUUACUCAUGACUAAGCUGGAUCUGAGUGAGCACAUACCAGGAGUCUUGGGAGUGACUCAGCUGUGUGCUUUACUGCAGGAUCCCCACUGCACACUGCAGACAUUACGGUUAGUAGAUGUUUGCAUUCCCUUCACAUAA